AUGGCCACAGCUCACUCUGCAUACACAAGGAGUAGUCAGAGCCACUUAGGUGAUACCCAUAGCAAUGACAAGUCUCCAGCCUCCACUUCUGCAUCCAUUUCACCACAGCUACAACCAGCAACAACAUCACAUUCAAAAUCCAUAGGCGACACAGCUGCCUAUCCAACCACUGCACCACCACCUUCCAGUUCCCGAGAAGAAGCGACUCCUCGAGGCCGGCAGAGAUCAUUCACUUAUGAAGCCGCGUCACCACAUGACGAUGACAGUUCAGAAGCUUUGCCUUCGUCACCAACACCACUUUCCAUGGCAUUUAUGCAUAAACCCUCGAGAUCGCAGAGCUUUUUUACCCAGUCCAAUGAUAGAACCAGGGAAAAUAGCAUAUUCAACAAAAAUUUGUCCUCAUACUCAACAUCGUCCCUGUCCUCGCCAAAACAACAUUCGCAAAACCAGCAGCAACAAGUAUCGGACACAAGAAGUACUACUCGCUCAUCAGACACUGUUUCUUCGUCUCCUUCCUCCUCCUCCUCCGCCGACUCGUCUGCUUCUACCUCACAACUGGAUAAAUCACCCUCCGGAAGUCCAUUAAUUUCACCUUCUUUGGUGAAGUCUCCUCCGCCUCCUCCUCCUUCACAAUCACCAACUUUGGAUGAUCAAAAUGAACACACUUCGCACACUGCUCAUACCGAGUCACCAGAUUACUUUAAUCACAAGUCUGCACUCAAAUCAGUAAAGAGAUCGAAAUCAUUACCAUCAACACCUACUUUUAAAGUCCAUUUCGGCAAUUCAGAUAUCCGGUAUUUCAAGAAAAAGGAUACUCCAAGAACUAUAUCGGCUAGUAACUCGCCAACUUUUGGCCCACAAGCGGGAUUAUCGGAUGACGAUGAUGAAGAUGUCGAUGACGAUGAUGACGAUGAAGAUGAUGGUGAUGGUGAUGGGUACUACGACAAUGAUGAUUACGGCACGUUUGGAACUAGCUCCAAUUACGGAUAUAGAUACAGUGACGAAGAUGAUGUUGAUGAUGAUGUAAAAAGAAUUAGUUUGCGAGGUGGUGGCGCACAUAGGCUAGGCGGACACAAGCAUGACCAUGAUUUGCAUGAUUUUAGCUUGGGUAAUACCAAGUACCCCAAACCAGCUGCAUCUUCUGAGAUUCAAUGGGACUUGCAGUUAUUGAAUUUUGAACCGUUAUCAUAUAUGAAGAGAAUUGAGGCUGGAACUCCAGUUUUCCUUGAGAGACUAUUCAUUUCUGCUGAUAAAAAGUACCUUUUGGGUCAUAUUGCCGUGAGAAACCUUGCUUUUGAAAAGUACUUGACUGUGAGGUACUCGGUUGAUAACUGGAUGACGAUUAUCGAGAUCCCCACGACGUACACUGCGGAUAGAGCCGAUGUCUUGGAGAAGAAUAAUUAUGAUCGAUUUGUGUUUAAGAUACCCCUUGAGAACUUGUUCAAUACUUUUAAAAUGUCGAAGAACUCAUCAACUGAUUCCUUAAGUGAAGAUAGCAGUAGCAGCUACAAUAGUGGUGAUGUUUUCAGGGGAUCAAGCUAUGGCGACUACCAAAAGGAAAGACGAUACCAGCUUUGCAUUAAGUACUGUGCCCAGGGGCAUGAGUAUUGGGAUAAUAAUCGAUUCCGAAAUUAUUUAGUCAAGUUGGUCAAGUCGAGAGUGAGUCAUCAUCAACCUCCACUUGCUCCACAACAAAAGCAUCAUUUCUAUAAUUUGGAGAACAAGGAUUCGCAAUUGCAAGAUCAUAAUAGGAGACCAAGAUACUCGAGCAGUUACUUGAAGCGAGUUGAAUCAGACUCUGGCAUCAAUUAUAAUAAUCCUGGCGUGGACGAGUCUAGGGAUGGCGGUAUAGACGAGGAAGAUAAUGAUGAUAGUGAUACUAUCACCAUGGAUGUGAGUGGAGGUAGUUCCACUAUUAGGGAGAAUAUUGAAGAGUUGUUGAAAAACACCGGAGACGCACAAAUCAAGCUGAACGGCAGCAGCAGCAGCAGCAAUAACAACAAGAGGAACCAAAAUAGUACAGGCUCCUCAUCGAAGCCCUCACAACCAAGAACGGGCAUCACCAACGACCCUGAAAAAAGCAGCGCAAACCUUCAAGUUGAUCUUGAUCUUGACUCACUAGACACCGUAACGACAACUACUCCCAAAUACAAGUCGAAGUUCAUUACAAACCAAUUCAACUUGAAUUCCAACUCUACGGCCAAGUCAAAGGGCAAUUUAUCUACUGGUAGGUCGAAUGCCUUCAAUAGCGAUUUGAAGAGUAAGUCGUACAAGGAGAUUCUCGAUUCGUAUUGUUUUUUCAAGUCUAAUCCUGCCAAUGCCAAUGGCAGUGGCAAUGGCAGUGGUGGAAGUGGAAGUGACUGA